AAAAUAGUUCAUAUCCGGGAUAGUGUUGAUUUUCUUGCUCCUGAGUUUAAAUCUCUCUUUUUCUUUCUUUCAGGUGAUGUCUCUCCAUUCGGACCAGAGAGAAGACGGAGAGAGCACCUCCGGCUCCUCAGAAGCUAAAACAGACCGUUAUGGAUUCCUGCUUGUUAAUGGAGAUACGAAUAACGACAGUGAUGACCCCUGUCCUGAGUUGGUGAGACACCGUGAAAUGAAAUGGAUCACCCUUAUGAACCAGUGGGAUCAGGUACUUGAGAAGAAGCACAGUAAGAUAAAAGCUCAGUGUCAGAAGGGCAUCCCAGCAUCUGUCAGGGCCAGGUGCUGGCCCCUGCUUUGUGGAGCGAAACAGAGGAAAGAGAAUAACCAAGAUCUCUACAAAACUCUGGAGUCGUCCCCUGGUCAGCAAAGCUGGAUUGAUGUCAUCAAGAGAGACACAGACAGGCAGUUUCCCUUCCACGAGAUGUUUCAAUCCAAAGACAGCCAUGGGCAGCAGGGCUUGUUGCAGGUUCUGAAGGCGUACACUCAGUUUCGGCCUGACGAGGGGUACUGCCAGGCACAGGGUCCCGUGGCAGCAGUGCUACUAAUGAACAUGCCCAUGGAGGAAGCGUUCUGGUGUUUGGUACAGAUCAGCGAACUCUACCUCCCUGGCUACUACAGCCCCCUGCUGGAGGGAGUUUUGUUUGAUGCUGCAAUUCUUUUUAGCGUGCUAAAAAGGACAUGUCCGGCUGCAUACAAACACAUGAAGAGACAAGGGGUGGAGCCUCUCAUGUUUGCCACUGAUUGGCUGAUGUGCCUGUAUAGCCGGCACCUGCCCUUUAACACUUUACUCCGGGUCUGGGACCUCUUCUUCUGCAAUGGUGUACGUGUGCUGUUUCAGGUGGCCGUGGUCUUAGUGCGCAGGUGCUUAGGGGAGGCUCGACAUCGGAAAGAGUGUGACGGCCAGAUGGAGACUCUGGAGAGACUGCGGUCAGUUAGGGGGCGUGUCCAACAUGAACAAGCUGACGCUUUUAUUCAAGAGGUGUGUUCGGUACCCCUGUCCUUGGCAGAGCUUCAGCGACUGACUGAAAAGGAGUUAGAGAAAUGGAGGAAAGAGCGCCCAGGCUCGACCUUCGACCCUCGAGAUCGUUGCCACGGAUACUAUAUGAUAUGGGAGAAAGGGAAAGAAAGGGAGAAGGAGAACGUAAAGAAGGAGAGACAGAGCGGGAACCUGAGUGUUUCUGUGAUGCGUUCGCAUUCGUCUCUCUCUCCGGCGAUCCUUCGUAAAAAAUGGAGGAAGAGAGGGAGUAAAACAGAGACUGAGGAGUGGGAGGGACGAGGGUCGUCAAAACAGGACAGUGACGAUGAGGAGAAAAGGAGGGCGAGCGUGUGCGGUGUAGCCGGAGAGCUACGGGCGAAGACACACAAGACACCACAGGAGUUCAGUACACACUUACAGAAAGACCGGAACACAACCCCAAACACGGCGCGUAUAUCAGGUGCGGAAACACAGAAUCGUUCAGAAUCGACAGAUCACAGCGACACUGUGUUUGAGGAGGAUGAGAACGAUGCAGCGGUCAUCACCGUCCCAUCACAAACAGACAGCGGCGAAUAUGAAGAAGAAACGAGGCCGCCUUCCGGCUCGAAAGACGACGAUUUACAAACAGGUAACUGUCAACAGGAAAUAGAAAAACAGCAUGGCACUGAGACACGGCAAGAUGAAGAAAAUAAAGUACAGACUCCCGGAGAGGACCAGGAUGAAGAAAUACCAACACGUCAAGAGCGUCAAGAAACACAACAAGAGCAAUCACAACCUUCCCAACUAGAGGAAGAGGAAGCUGCAAGAAACAUACUUGAAGAGGAAACACAUGAAAAUAGAAGUAAGCAGGAAGAGGAAAUUGAAAAUAAAUCCUGUAAACCUGAAGAAGAGGUACAACUUAAUAUCAGCACACAAAAAGACGACGUGAAUAUCACUCUACAGGAGGUGGAACUUGAGGUAAAUACUGACACACAGGAACAGGAAAUACAUAUCUGUACUUGUGAGCAAGAGCAGGAAAAUGGAAUGAACAGUAAACAUGAAGAAGAAAUGCAGAUAAAUAGCAGUAAACAGGAAGAGGAAAUAGUGACAAAUAGCCAAGAACAAGAAGAAAUACAUCUGGGUGACAUUGAAGAGAUAAAUAUUGCUAUCGGAAAUAAACAGGAAAAGGAAAUAAAGACGAAUAGAAGAGAACAGGAAGUGGAAAUACAGGAAGAAAGGGAAAUAAAGGCAAAGAGUAGCGAACAGGAAGUGGAAAUACAGGAAGAAAGGGAAAUAAAGGCAAACAGCAGUGAACAGGAAGUGGAAAUACAGGAAGAAAGGGAAAUAAAGGCAAACAGCAGUGAACAGGAAGUGGAAAUACAGGAAGAAAAUGAAAUAAAGGCAAACAGCAGCGAACAGGAAGUGGAAAUACAGGAAGAAAAUGAAAUAAAGGCAAACAGCAGUGAACAGGAAGUGGAAAUACAGGAAGAAAAUGAAAUAAAAGCAAACAGCAGCGAACAGGAAGUGGAAAUACAGAAUGAAGACAAACUAUUAAAUAGUGAUGAUGAAGAAGAGAAGCUUAAAAAAUGUCUCGUACAUGAAGACGUGCCCAGAGAUGGGCAGAAGCAACAGGAAGACAGCGAACAAACAAACGAAGUCGAACAAAGUUUGGAAACGGGAGAGGAAAUGCAUUCAAAUAUACAAACUCCGGAAGAUCAGAAGGAUGCAGAGGAACAAGCGCCCUAUGUUCAAGAGGAAGAUCAUGUGAAAGGUGAACUCUGUGAAAGUGUAAGCAGUACAGAUGUGGAAAGGACACAGCAAGAGCAGGAAGGUGAGACAGAGCAUUCAGAAGAGAUGGAGAAAGAGGCACGGAUUAGUGAUGCAGCACCAGGGGAGGACACAGAGGGAACCGUCAUGGAUGAAGAAAAGAGAAGUAGCAAUAAUCUCACAGCAGAUCAAGAGGAAUCAGAAACAGCAGCAGCUUCACCUUGUGUUCAACCAGAAAUAGUGAUGGAACAUUCUGGAGAAUCAGAGACUCCACAGGACUCCAACCAGACACAGGGUGAAAACAUAGAUGUUAACAAAAUCUCCACAUCUGAGCAUGGAGAACCUGAUGGAACCAGUGGAUCUAGCAAUCCAGAGCCUCCACAACCAGACAACGAGGAAGAGGAAUCCAAAAUAGAGAUAAAUAUUGCAACCGAGUCAAACCUGGUCAAACCUGCUCCCUCUGGCUCAAACCCACAGCCUCAGCUCCGCCUUCGCAGGUCCUCCAGCUCCCACACCCACUAUCCCACAAUCCUCUCUGAGGACACUUUCAGGGACCCACAACAAUGUGUCAAACAAGAGUCAUACCCCCAAACCACAAAGGCAGAAGAGAAAGAUAUCGCACAGCCGACACAAACACAGCUCUCCAAACAGGAGGAGGGUCUACAGAAACCACAAACACAAGCUCUCCCAAAGUCAGAGAAACCCAAACGCAGGGGUCUGUUUCACCGGCUCAGGGCCGACACGCCUUCCAAAUCCACCAUCCCCAAAAUUGUCAUCCAGGACUUCAGUGAAGGAGAGGAGAAGCUGAGCUCUAAAGAGAGGAGGCGGCGGAGGAGGAUGCAGGAGAGGAAAGAAAAGGAGGAGGAGAAGGAGAGGAAGAAGCUAGAGAAAGAGCUGGAGAAGGAAAAAGGGCGGGAGAGGAAAAAGCCUCAGACGAGAGGGAAGAGUUUUCAGGUGCUCAGUAGAAAGCAGGAUGAUGAUGACGAUGUUUUCUCUGGGAAGAGCGGCUCUCAGACGGUAGGACGGAAAAGGAACUCUUAUUCGGAGAGUUACUUCUGACUGAAGGACACACUGACACUUCUCAGCAUUUUUAGCUAAAUGGAUUAUAGUAUGAUCGCAGUUGAAAAAUGCUAUGUGCUAAACAUUACCGAGCAAGAAGGCUGUAAAGAACACUGACCAUCAGUGUUACCCAAAACGUGGAAAGAAAUCCAUCCAUCCAUCCAUCUUCUAUACCACUUACUCCUUUUCAGGGUCACGGGGAAACCUGGAGCCUAUCCCAGGGAGCAUCGGGCACAAGGCGGGGUACACCCUGGACAGGGUGCCAAGGGGAAAGAAAUAAAGCUUCAAAAGACAUUCACCCUAAACCCCAACCUUGGUUUACGUGAACAGCAAGUGGAGCCAAGCUUCUUGACGGAAAUGUAAAAAUCAUAUCAUGUUAUAGUAGUAGUAAUAAUAAUAAAGAUGUAAUGGUUCACUCUUUAUAGAGAAGUGCUCGUAAAACUCAUUCCUCUUUU